CCAGCAAUUUAUGCUUGUAGGUGCUGCUGCCCACAUUUUGAAAGGGCUUGCUAUUGCCUUGCUGUUUUCUUGCAUCCCUCUCUCUGUCUCUGUUUGUCUGUCUCUCUGUCUCUUUCUUUCUCUAACUGUCCCACUGCCUCUUUCUAACAGCCGCUCACCUGUAAAGGAUCAGAAGUGGAGGAGCAGGACGCUGACAUGGGGAGUGGUGCCAGUGCGGAGGACAAAGAACUGGCCAAAAGGUCCAAAGAACUUGAAAAGAAACUUCAAGAGGAUGCUGACAAGGAUGCAAAGACAGUCAAACUGCUACUUCUGGGAGCCGGUGAAUCAGGAAAAAGCACCAUUGUCAAACAGAUGAAGAUUAUCCACCAGGACGGGUACACUGAGGAAGAAUGUUUGGAAUUCAAAUCAAUUAUUUAUGGCAACAUCCUGCAGUCAAUUCUGGCCAUCAUCCGAGCCAUGCCUACUCUAGGUAUUGACUACGCUGAUUCAGCAAAGGAGGAUGAUGGCCGACAACUUUUCAAUCUAGCAGAUUCCAUUGAGGAGGGCACCAUGCCUCCUGAACUGGUGAAUGUCAUCAAGACGCUAUGGGUAGAUGGAGGUGUACAGGCCUGUUUUGAAAGGGCAGCGGAAUAUCAGCUCAAUGAUUCAGCUCCAUAUUACCUCAAUCAGUUAGAGAGAAUCACAGCUGCUGGCUAUAUUCCAAAUGAGCAGGAUGUUCUGCGAUCGAGAGUGAAAACAACAGGCAUCAUUGAAACACAGUUCUGCUUCAAGGACCUUCACUUUAGAAUGUUCGACGUUGGAGGCCAACGGUCAGAGCGUAAGAAGUGGAUCCACUGCUUUGAAGGUGUUACCUGCAUCAUAUUUUGUGCAGCCCUCAGUGCCUAUGACAUGGUGCUUGUAGAGGAUGAGGAAGUGAACCGCAUGCAUGAAUCCCUCCAUCUGUUUAACAGCAUAUGCAACCACAAGUUCUUUGCAGCAACCUCAAUAGUGUUGUUUCUCAACAAGAAAGACCUUUUCGAAGAGAAAGUGAAGAAAGUCCAUCUCAGCAUCUGCUUCCCCGACUAUGACGGUUCCAACACUUUUGAAGAUGCUGGAAAUUUCAUCAAACUUCAGUUCCUGGACCUCAACAUGCGGAAAGAUGUUAAAGAAAUUUAUAGUCAUAUGACAUGUGCCACAGACACAAAAAAUGUCAAAUUUGUGUUUGAUGCUGUAACAGACAUCAUUAUCAAAGAAAACCUUAAAGACUGUGGCCUCUUCUAAAGGUCAAUUUCAGGUAAUAGAUAAAUCUCUUUGGUAAACUCUUUUUUAAGGAAAGCAGAAAAAUAUAUUCUGAUGAAGCACUGAAAGACAUGUCUAACAUAAUGAACAUAUGAACAGCAGAAUUUGUAAACCCACAUUUAGCAUUCACAUCAAUGUUUUCUUCUGAGGGCAUAAAAGGAUAUAGUUUGCUCUAGUACAUAACCAAACCGUAUACUAGGACACUAUGCUGGGUUACAGAGUUAAACGUCUAACUCAUUUACGUCACUCAUUUUAUCAACUCCAUGAUGUCAUUCUGCACUGAAAUAAUGACGUAAUGUAUGCACGCUUUUAUCACUGUUUUAUGGAUUGUAUUAAUUUAACAUGUUCAUUCUUGCUGUAUUUUCCAACUUUUUAUAUAUCAUGUACUUAUUGUAAAUUGCUUUACCUGGGGUAUGCCUAAAAUGGUCAGUUGUGAUCAGUGCACUACCUGGUAAACAAAGAUAAAUAAAUAAAAUAAACCAUACAAAGGUAUAUAAAUUCCACUGCUAUAUGCAAGUUUAAGUGCUUUACUUCAUAAACAUACAAAAUAAGUCUCUGCAAAUAAAAUAAAAUAUGAUAAAGGAUGACAAGAAUGUAAUAGUGUAUCAGUGGGAUUUUUGCCAGCUUAGGUUAUGGGUUGUCUGUAACUUUAACAACAAUGACAGAUUUGUUUUUUAUAGUCUAUUUUUAUAGUGUUACAACAUGCCCAGUAAGGUUCGUCAACUAAUAUUUUUGAAAAAGAUCAUUCACUGUAAUACCGCAAACUGUAGCUUAGAACUAUAUUGCAGUUCUUGUGAAAAUAAACCACUUAUUGUCAGCAGUUUUAAAAGCAGAAACAAAACCUGACAACUGAAGGCCUCAGAGUUUAAAUAUAUUUUAUCUUGAAGAAAUGUUGGCAAACAACCAAGAAUAUGUAAAUUCCAGUUCUUUAUAACAUGACUGUCUUCAAAUAUUGCUGUUAAAUGGCAAAAACAAUUAAACAUUGAUUUAAAAUUC